AAAAGAGGCUUAUUUGACAUACAUAUAAACAAAAGUAAAAAAAAUAGAGACCCCUCUUUUCGAAUAUCUGUCUAUUUCAAUGAGUGUCAAAAAAUUUCCUUGGAAGUCUUUCCUUAAAUAUAUCCUUUUCGGCUAUAUAAUUGGACUAUCAAUUACAUUCACUUGGUUUCUUUAUCAUUUCUCUAAAUUUGAAUAUCUGCAGAGAAAAUCAACUCUUCUAGUACUUGCAAUACUUCUUCUAUAUGGAUUUCUUUUGGCAUUUAACAAAAAUAUCAGAUGUAUUUCAACACUCAUUUUACCGAUUUUAUUCAGUUCAAAAGGUCGAUCUGUUCUAAUUGCUUCUGCAGUUGUUUUAGCGGCAACAGGACCAACUGUAAAUAUUCUAAGUAACGUUGACAUUCUUAUAGAAAGUAUAUCUUGCGGUCAAGAACAAUUAAAAGGAGCUUUAGAAAAUAUGUUGGAUUUGGUUAAUAGACCUUUGGUAACAGUAAAGAAUGCAAUUAAAGUUUCAAUGGCGGAAAUAAAAAAGGUUCUUAAGCGAGUUGAAGAAGUUCUUUUGAGAAUUCGAAGUUUAACUGUUGAUAUUUUGGAAGCAAUUAAAAAAUCCUUCGACUGGCUUGGUAAUGUCGUUAGUAUGUGCAACAAGGAGCUAGGCACUCCAUUUGAUCGUUGCAUAAAAAUUGCAGAUGAUGCCAUGACUGAUUGUAAAGAACAAAUGGGAAUAUUAGAAGAUUUAUGCAAUGUUACGGAAAUAUCUCGUGCACUUUGCUACAGUGUCAAAUUUAUUGAUGUUAUCUGUGAGUUGGUAGACUUUGUUAGCGAUUCAAUUGUUGCAACCGUUACCGAAAAGCUUCAAAAAUUUACCGAUGACAUUAAAAACAUGUUUUUUGCUUCAAUAAAAUUUGAUCAUGAAUUCAAUUUUAAAACAGUGGCAACCAAGAAUUUGACAACUGUUGGAAGUGACAUUUUGACAGAAAUACAAAAUCAAAUGUCUGAAUUCUUUGUGCUCUUCAGUUGGGUGGAAUUCGUUGGAAGUUUUAUGGUGUUUCUUGUGGUACUGAAAGCAUUGCUAUACAAAAGCAAGUAUUUGACAAGUGAUCAUUUUGAUAAUCAAUUCAUAACAAAAGAUUUCAUUUCAAUCAACAACCAACGAGAGAAAAUGGGAAUGGAUUGCGUUUUGCCUUUAACAAGAAAAGAACGCCGGAAAUACGUCAUGAUAACAUCCCUGACAUUGGUUCGUGCAGAAAUAUUCAACAUGUCCCGUACGAUUUUAUUUCUUACGAUAUCAUCAAUUCAGUUGGCUUGCAUCUGCAUUGCCGACUACUCGUUGUUUUGGUUGUUGUCUAUGAUAAAUGUCUAUGGCCAACAGGAAGCUGGUUUGGAUAUUCCGCCUUUUCUAACUGUCAACAUUUCCGGUGGCGGUUUUACUGCAGAUAUAUUCAAAGGUAUUGUUCAUGCUUUUGAACCUUUGAAGGAGAGCUAUGAAAUAGAUCCAAGGCCUUGUUUACCGAUACCUAGUUUGCCAAAUUUUAAAAGAUAUUGGGAAAUAGGUGGUCUUAUUUUUACUGCUUGGGUUUGUUUGAUUUUACAACCUUACGGUUUGAGGCUUCGUCAAGUAAUUAUGGGUGUAUAUUAUCCGGAUCGGUCGAAACAGCGGGCAUUGUGGCUCUACAAUGAAAUUUUACUAAGGAGAACUAGCUUCAUAAAAUUCGCUAGACGUCAGGCAAGGAACAAGCUCCUCGAGGACGGAAAUGUCAAAGAUUAUUCAUUUCUGGAUUGGAUAAGAGCAAGAACUAAUCAAUAUUGGAUAUUUCGAAAAAUACUUGGUUCUGGUAAAUUAGAAUGUUGCAAUAUCUGUGGAAGUCCAUUGAAAGGAGAAGAAUCAUCUGUCAACUGUCAACAAAUAGGAUGCAAUGAAAUGUAUUGCACAGAAUGCUUUGAAGAAUUGAAUAAUAUUUGUUGUUUGUGUCAAAAGCCAAUUGAUUAUGGUGAUUUAAGUGACAUUUCUGAAGAAAAAGAUUCGUCAGAUGAAUUAGAGGAAAUUCAAGUAACUCAAGACCAAUAACUUAAUAAGCACUAUAAACAAAGAUGUGAAACCGGGGAGGAUGGCGUUGUUAUUGUUAUAAUUUUUUGAUAUUGUUUAAUUUAUUUAUCUUUUUUAAGACAUGUGAAAUUAUAAUAUAAUUUUAAUAAAAAGCUAGCCCUUUGGAGGCCUUGUAUAGAGUAA